UGGUAAGCUUGUAGUCUGGUGGUGCGAUGAAUGUGGAGCUGAGCCUGAAGUCACCUGCACCACACGGAGACAUAAGAUGCAAUAUGCCUGUGCUGUGUGUGGGUGAGGGCGAACAGGCUGUUGGAUUUGACCAAUUCUACAUGCGGUUCGAUGACCUAUCCAGCCUAAAAAAUCAUGUGCAACUCGAACACAACACCAAAGUUUGUCAACGCACACUCUGCCCAGACUGCGGUAGGUAUCACUUCAAGAAAGACCACUUGUGUGAGCACAAGAUCAAGAAGAUCCCCUGCCUAGACUGUGGUAAGCUAUUUGUUUCCCAGAUAUCUCUCAAGCUUCACAUUAGAGUCCACCAGGACAGCUUUGUGCAUGCAUGCAGAUUCUGCCUCAAGAAAUUCAAGACCAAGCCAGACAAACAGACACAUGAGGAGAGCCAUCCCCAAGAGAAGAGUCCCUAUCAAUGCCCAGACUGCUCGGAAAGAUUCAAUACUUUUAAAAAACGGAACAGGCACCUUCAAAGCUGCCGAGGGCCAAGGAAGUACAUUUGUGAUGUCUGUGGCCAAGAAUUAAAUGGGUUGCAUGCACUCAAUAGACACAAAAUGGUACACACCGGGCAGAAGCCCUACAAGUGCAAGGUGUGCCAAAUGUCCUUCAACCAAGUUAGCCACCUCAAGUCCCACUUGCGCCUCCACACAGGGGAGCGACCCUUCAAGUGUCAACAGUGUGAGAAGUGCUUCAAUCACAACGUCAGUCUAAAGAACCACGUGCACCGUUAUCAUGGUCCAGACUCUCAGGAGCAGGGGGAGAGAGAGAAGGAGCGGAAUAGUCAGGAGCUAAACUCUGGAACUGAGGAGAAAAAGCAGGGUGGACGCUCUAGUCCUAAAGAACAGGGAGAGGGUCAGGAACCAAUCCAUCAAUCUGAGCAGGAGAGAGAGAAGCGGGAACCGAGAAAGAGGAGGCACAAGAGCAGUCAACGCCAGACAUCUGACCCUGAGGAGUUCGAGGAGGAGGGGGUGAGGCAGAUCAACAGUGACUCAGACUUCAACCCAGCAGAGGAGAGGACCACAAGUAGAGGAAGGGGAAGAAGAAAGGGUAGGCCAAGAGGGAGACCGAGUACCAAUGGGAAGAGGAAUGUUGCUGUAGAAGAUUUAGAUUGAUCACACCAGUGUCAUGUUCAUUAGGGCACACCACAACAAAACAUUUUAGAAUGGAAAAUGAAAAUGAGCAUUUUCUAAUUUAACAACUACAGAUAGAACAUCCCUGUUUCACUUUGUUUUGUAGCAUUUCACUCUGUUUCAUGCUUACUGAACAUGACCCAUUAUGAACCCUAACAUGAAGUAUGGGGUCAAAAUGUAUGUGAGUCUUUUAGAUUUAAGAGGCUAAGGGUUGUUUCUGCUAUACAGUUGGUUGUAUGAAAACACUACUGUAAAGACUACUUAAUUGUUACUAAUAGAAGUCAAAUCAAAUUACACUUUAUUGAUAUUUAUAGUAAAUAUACACUACCGGUCAAAAGUUUUAGAACACUUA